AUGAUAAAAUAUUUGAGAACACCAAGUACAGUAUAAUCUUCUAGAGAUUUAAACUCAGUAUUUAUUGUUAAUAAUUAAAGCCUAAAGAAGCUUAUUGUCAUUUUCGAAAAGUUUUAAAAUCAAGAUAAAAGUUUCCUACAAGUCGAUCUCAAAAUUAAAGAUCUAAACAUAUAAAGACACCUAAAUCUUCUAAUUAAUAAACAGCUCAAUUAUUAUAAAUGACAUAAAGACAAGAAAAAGAAAUAAGUGUUGAUGAAAUAAAAUAAGUUCAUUCUCCAAACUUUUACAAUUUGUGUAGUCUUCCCUAUAAAAAUUAUAAAUAUGAAAAACCACCUGGUAAUGCAACUGUAUCAGAAUUCCUAGAAUAAGCUUGUCGUCUAGGAUAAAAAACUGGAAAAUGGGAUAAGUAAACUUUAAUAGAUAAAUUUAAUCCUGAUAAGUAAUUAUAUUUCAUAUACUUUUUAUAAUAGUGUUUAAAUUAAAAGAUCUACUUAUACUAGUAAUCAUUUAAUUAAAUCAAGAAAGGUUCAAGGACCAGCAAGUUGUUUAGAAACUAUUUAUGUAGCUAAAUUAUAAUUAGAAUUAGAAGAAACUUAAAAUUAAUAAUUAUAAAAUAAGGUAAAUGAAAUAGAGGAAAUCUUAAAAGAAGGUGUUAAAAAUGAUAAAACUAAAUGUGCUUCAUAAUAAUAUAUAUUAAAUAGAUGGACUAGAAAAUAAGUAUCUGCAGAUAAAUUGUGUGAUAAAAUUGAUAAAUUACCUCAAUUUGCACAUUAAAAGUAUGUUAUUGAUUAAUCAAUUAAUAAAGUUAUAAAAUCAUCUUCCUAAUAUACAAAUUAAGAAUAGAAUUCUAUAACAUAAUUACCAGAAAAGAUAUCUUUUUUUAAAUUUGAUUUCAAAUAAAAAAACUUAUAAAAACUUUAAUAUCAAAAUAAAGGAUAAACUGUAGUUUUACUUAAACAAAACUAUCCUUUCCUUUAAAAACCUAUUAUAGGAGAUAGAAUUUUAUUGAGUUUUGAUAUUAUUAAUUCUUCUGAAAGUAUUCCUUAUAGAACUUUUUGUACUUUUCUACAAGUAUAUGAAAACAAAAAAAAUAGGGUUACUGAAGGAUCAACUGAUAAAGUGGAUACAGUUACUAAAAAUAUUGUUGUCAGUUAAAUAUUAAAAGUAAUUAGAAAGUAAAUAAUUAGUUUUUUAUACUUGAUGCAUAAGAAAUAAUUACUUGCUAAGAGUUUUGUAAUUUGAUUCGAAUUCUUUGUUAGCAAUUGAAUGAAAAACAUCCAAAUAUAAAACCAAUUUAUUAAUAAUUAAUUUAAAAUUAUAAAUAUUACUAAAUUAUUAACGAAGAUUUAUCAUAACCUUUUAGUAGUUCCCAAUUUAAAUUCAUUUAUUUAACCAAUGAAAUGAACAUAGAUGAUAUAAUUGAUUUAUUAACAUUAAACUGA